CAUCCUGGGGUUAUUCUGGGCUAUGAACAGCAAAAGUGCAGCAAACUACAACCACCGAGAGUUCGACCCGGAGUGUCCACAUUAUCCAUACAACGACUCCCCCAACUUUGGCAGCCAUGCCCUCUUCACACCCCCAGGAAGCCGUUUCCCAGAGUCCCAGUCAGUGUUUCUGCCCAGGACAAUGGAACGCCACAGGCACGUUGCUCGUGGGGAGGAGUUCGACUACCCUCCCAUGGACCAUGGUGGUUUCAGUCCAUCGCCUCACCCUCCUCCAUGGCAGGAACCCCCGCCUCCCUAUGAGGUUGCCAUCAAGACCACGUGCAGCUCUACACACCUGCGACGCGCAUACUCAGACACACACCUGGCGACAGAGCCCCUGUUUGGACAAUCAAGAGAGAUCAGCUUUGAGGUGUGACACUGUACAUCACAAGAUAAUUAGCCAUGAGCCUGGGGUUUUUACUCAGACUCUGCAAUAGCUGUCUCCUGACAGCAACUAACUUUAUCAAACACUUGAAGCAUGUUUCUCCCUGACGUUGAACAGUGGGUCCUCGCAUGCUUUCCCUAAGUUUUCUGUAAUUACA